ACUGCAGAAUGUGUGGGAGGAAUUCUUGCAGGCAAGAUAAGAUCUAGUUACCUUGGAUCUCUUGGGUAUCAUAUUUUUUUACUGAUAUCAUUUAGUAUUAUGUGGAGAGCAUUUGCAGACAUUAUAAGGAGACACUCUCAUGCCUUCCUUGCAUCAACUGUUGCGCCUGCCAGUGCAAACCAGGACACAGGUAGUGCUACAACUACAGAGCCUCACAAUUAUGAGAUGCAGCUACUAGCCAAGUACAACCUUUCCUCCAACUCAACCAACAGCAAUGAUGAGAGGAUACGUGCAAUUGCCAAAAUGGGACACCUGUGCUGGACUGGAGGAACGGAUGUGGCUGAAUUUGCAGGCAAACUGUACCUCCCUGAUCUGACAGCUAUCCUUGAAAAUUAUAUGGAAUCGUUGGCGGUGAAGCUACAAGUGGUCAAGACAAUCGCUGAGUUCUGUUACGGGAACAAGACUAAUCAGAACCUAGCAAGAAGCCUCUCAAUAAUUGAUUCCUUAAUUAACCAGAUGUGUACGCAAGAAGAGGAUGUAGAAAUGAGAAGGUGGUCCCUCCAUGCUCUGUUCUUCAUUUUGAUCGACAAUGACAUAAACCAGGCUGUUACAAUGAGAAAUCCAAACUUGAAGAGAUGUUUGCGUGCGGGGAAGAAGGACAGUUGGGAAGGCUGGGAGCACAAUGAAGGAACGGAGCUGGCAUUCAUGCUGAAACUGACUCUAGCAAUAUGAGUUCUAUUGUACGAUUAAUCAUGCUGUAAUAUUCACGUUGU